CGCUUUAAUAGGAUAGGUAAGCAUUAGCAGUAAGACGCUCCCACCAUCCAUGUUUGCCAAAUCCAGUGUGCCAAAUCCACUGUGUGGCACACAGGUUGGCGUACAGUGAUCGGUGGAGAACUGGACUUUUUCAGGGCGGUUUGUGGAAACUAAAAAGACUAAGCGCAGCAUCGGGUCUCAUUGGCUCAUCGCUCUCCUUCCCCUCUUCCCCCGGUAAGACUCGGAUUCCCACACUGCAACCAUGGUGGUCAUGAAGAUGAAGUUCCCCUUUCAGAAACGGGUGAAGCUGGCCCAGGGACUGUGGCUCCUAUCCUGGUGUGCCACAGUCGCCGGGGCCACAACCUUCUCCCUGGGAUGCCUCUUAAAAACGGAGCUCCGCAGGAGAUCAGAGGUUAUGGAUAACUCAGACAUACAUAUCGUGCCCAACACCCUCAUGAUUGUUGGCCUGGCUUCCUUGGGCAUCAACUACUUUGCCUCAAAGAUCUGUCAGGACGCUUUGGACGCAGGGCGAUUCCCUCGCUGGAAGAACUUCCUGAAGCCCUACUUUGCCGUCUCAUGCUUCUUCACCGUCCUCAUGCUGCUGGCCGUAAUUAUGAGCUACGCUAUGAAGGGCAGCCUGGAGUCUUCCCUGAAAGCUGGUCUAAGGAACGGUAUCCGCUUCUAUAAGGACACCGACACCCCGGGCCGCUGCUUCCAGAAGCAGAACAUUGACCGUCUGCAGAUGGAGUUCCAGUGCUGUGGAAACAACGACUUCAGGGAUUGGUUUGAGGUCCAGUGGAUCAGCAACCGCUACCUUGAUUUCAGCUCCAAGGAAGUGAAAGACCGAAUCAAGAGCAACGUAGACGGACGUUACCUGGUGGAUGGAGUCCCAUUUAGCUGCUGUAACCCCAGCUCUCCACGACCAUGUAUCCAGUAUCACCUGACCAACAACUCAGCGCACUACAACUAUGACUACCAAACAGAGGAGCUCAACAUCUAUCUUAGAGGCUGCAGAGAGGCCCUGGUCAACUACUACAUGGGCUUGAUGAACACUAUUGGGGUUGGAGUUUUGUCAGUCUUCCUUCUGCAGGGCUCAGUGCUGGUGAGCCUUCGCUUCCUGCAGACCUCCAUGGAAGCAGUUGCAGGGGAGGAGAACACAGAGAUUGAAACGGAAGGGUACCUGCUUGAGAAGGGAGUGAAGGAAACCAUCAUGGAGUACCUCGACCCCGUGCUGACGUUCCUGUUGCUCAAAAACCAGGUUGAAGAAGGCACGACUGGAGAGACCCCCGCAACCACCUAAACCACACACAUGCAUUCAUAUGUAAAUAAUUUUUACAGAAUGAUAAGACAAUUUAUUUUAAUUUGAGAAAGAGAUUUCAACUAUCACAUUUAUUUGAAUGUCACAAAAUAGACAUAGUAUUUUUUUAAUUGUCAGUUUACAAUGAAUAUUCAGCGGGGCGGGUUCAAAUUAAAAUCCAUGCUGGGAUUUUCAUUACAAAUGAAAGAAGCACAAAAGUUACAAUGAACAGAUCGUUUCAAACAAUUUAAUGGGAUCAACAUUUUGCAAAAUAAACCACUUUUAUAAAUUCAUUUUUAUUUUGCUUGUUACUAACUGUACAUGUCACCCAUCAUUGUUGGACUGUAUUUGAGUGUUGCUUUUGAAACUAAUCUGCAUCACCUUUUUUUGCAUUUUUACAACCCUUGUUUCCUGUCAAAGGCAAUAAAACCAGCGAUAAAGCAGUAUUUGAUAAGGCAGUGUACACAAAUGAUUUUUGGACCUAAUAAAAAAAAAGGAUAUAAAGCUGUAGAGAGACAUGAGACGCAAUGCUCCGCUGCAUAACAGGACUUUGACAUAAACUACCAGAUGACUUAUUAAAGUUUGAAGUUACUAAAUGC